AUGUCUUAUAAUCAAAAUCCCUACGGUCAGCCCAACCCUUACAACGAGGGUCCCACGGCGGAGGGCGGUUAUGGCGGCAGCUAUGGCGGCAACUAUGGUGGAGGUUACGACAACAACGGCUACGGUCAACAGCCCGAGUCACACGAGAUGCAGACAUACGGCCAGCAACAAGGUCAAGCUCACGGCCCUGAUACCACAACCACCGGCGCUCCUCUAUCUCAGCAAGAAUUCCUGAACAGCGUCCGCGACGUCGAAGGCCACAUCCAACAGUUCCGCUCGAACCUCGACCAGAUCCGCACUCUUCACCAACAGUCCCUCUCCGACACCAGCGGCCGCCCGCCCCCGGGUCUCGAGCAGCUGCAGGCGGUGACCGAGCAGCUCAAGUCGCAGAUCAAGACCGAAGUCGACAACCUCGUCUCUGAUGCCACCCGCACCGGCGACAGCACCUUCAACACCAAGAAGCGCCAGGCCGAGCGCCUCAGGGAUCUGUACAAGGAUGCCAUCCAGGCUUACCUCGUGGAGGAGCGCCGCCACAAGGGCCAGAUCGGCGAGCAGGCUGUCCGUCAGCUGUUGAUUGUCAACCCCGAUGCGACGCCCCAGGAGCAGGAUGCUGUGCGCAGCGGCGACUUGCAGCAGGAUCAGAUCUUCCAGAGUGCUCUCCUACAAUCCAACCGCGUCGGCGCCGCCAAGGCCGUCCUCGGCAACGUCCAAGCCCGCCACCAAGAACUCCUCCGCGUCGAGCAAUCGAUGCAAGAGCUCGCCCAACUCUUCGAGUACCUCAACACGCUCAUCGUUCAGCAGGGCGAGGUCAUCGCCGACGUGGUCCAAAAGACGGAACAGGUCAACGACAACAUGGACAAGGGCAUCCAGGAAGUUGACAAGGGCGUCAAGCACGCCCGCAACCGCCGCAAGCUCAAGUGGUACUGCCUCCUGGUGUGCAUUCUCAUCAUCAUUGCCAUUGCGCUCGGUGUCGGUCUGGGCGUCUACUUCUCGAACAAGAAGAAUUAG